AUGCUGACGUCCAUGAAAACGACUGGGUUUUUAUUGUUGCUCAAAGCAAUGCUUGUUUUGGGUACAGGCGCCGGAUUCAUGCUAGGUCUACGAAGGGGUAUUAGAAAGAAGACGAAGGCGAGACAAACACCUAUGACUAUUCAGCAACAACAACGUCAAAAACAACUGUCACACUCCCAUACAGACACAACACGCCUUGGUCAUAACAAUACAUCCGAUUUAAAGCGUACGAAGCCUAUACCCAUACUAUUACACAUACCAGCGCACUUAGAAGGGGGUCUAAUGCAGGAGCACACAAAGGCGCUAAAAGAAGCGGCUGUCUCUAAAGGAGAGAAGGACUACCGUUCCGCGGCGAGUGCGCUUGCCAUCGCCACUGUGCUUUCUGUGGGCAGCUUCUCUGCGCUUGUGUAUGGCAGCUGCCGGGCGUUAGGAGUUGACAAU